GCUAAAAAUAGCUUACCAGCGUAGUACAUUACAGGUUGUGUUGCAAUCUGGGAAAACCUUGGCUUAAGAUAGACCAACGGUUACACAUUCAAAUGAGGACAGGUGUACAUAUCUAUUAAGGUUGAUGUAGUAUGUUAUGUGAACAAUUUAAGUUGUAUGUUUUAAAACUUUCUUUCUUGGGAAAUGUAUUUACCUACGGACGUCAGACAGUGUGGGAUUCAUUAAUUCACCUUUAGCGAGGUGGACACACGCUAUGUAAGCUGUUUUGUGUGUGUGUGUGGGUUUUUUUUCAAAUAUUCAUAUUUAUGUUAUGAAGACGCCUUGUCAUAAAACUACUAGCAUAUCUAAAGUAAAUGCGAUAGUUUACAUACAAACUGCUACGUAGUUGAAAUAUUGUUAUAAGGUGUAUCUAUAGUGUUUUCAUGCUGAGAGAAACUGCUUUGUUGAUAUGGUGACUCAUCAGAGUGGUAUGCGGGACGCUGCCCUUACAUCUGUUCACCGUCUGUAGUGACCUAUAGAAGAGCUGUGUAGUGAUCCCUUGAAGAGUGUUUAAACAAGCUCAGACAUGUCAGGGGUCUUUCAGUUGAGUCUAUGAUGUAGGGGUGAUUCAUUCAUAAAACACGCCAGAGGUUCAGUCUAAGGACGUAUAGUGGCCACACCUAUCACCCCUCGCAUGUAUGCAAUGGAAAAUAUGAUAUGUGUGCAUGGAAACGUUUAUCAUCUGCACACAAUGAACUCGUCCUUUUUCUAACCUUUAUAAACGGAAGACCGGCAUUGAAAUUUCAUAUUGUUGUCUGCCAGCAACCGAGACGGACGUUUGCCAGUACGCUAUCAUCUUUAGCCUUGACUCACGUACAGUUCGCGGUUUGUGUUUACAAAGAAUGGAAUCGAAACAAAACUUUCUGAACAGUGUGAAGACACUGUCUGAGUUGGAAACUUGGGCCACUGCUAACAAUUGUACAGAUGAUCCAGAAGUCAAUCUCAAACGAAUUGAAUUGUUGACAUCCAGAGUGAAUGCACAAUCUGUAUCUACACCAGUGUCGCCCAUAGGUAACAUUUGUCACAUCUGCCAGAAGUCGUUUAAGCAGCGUCAAAAUUUGCUUAGACAUAUUCGUACUGUUCACGGCAAUGAAAAAAUCACCUGUAAAGAAUGUAAACACUCAUUCACCAGACGGGAUAACUUGGAAAAUCACCGCUGUAACCUUAAACGGAAGUCAACACAGACUUGCCCUGAACCGAAACGUCCAUGCUUACAACCACUGUCAACUGAUAAUACUCCACCGGCUCGAGUAGCAACUUGUAACUGGUGUGGUCACACCAAGUGUUUAUUACCCGGCAAGCUCUUUUGUCAACAAUGCUCAACAAGAGGUCGGGAAUGUCUCAAUUGUCGGCGACCUCUCCCUGAGCGGUUUUACAGCCAGCAAGUGGAUCAAUGUGAUAGCUGCGUGAGACGUCGGGAGCGGUACCAGGUCAGGCGAAACCAGAUUGGGGGAGGUCAGAGGUCAGCUCUUGAUGGUAGUGUGUCAACUAUAACACUGACUCCCACAGAUGUAAACAGCGUUGACAUCCUUCAGUUUUUAGCUGAUGAACAGGUUAACAUUGAAUCAAUCUUACAUGAUUAUUUGUCAAGUAAAAAAGGUAUGAAAUGGUUUCUGACGUUAAAACUCAAAUUUAUAAAGUACGACGAAAACAAUGAAAGUAUAUUAGCAGAGCCCAUUCUGAGAACUAUCAACUUUUGGUCCACAAACGUUUCUGAAAUUGAGCAACAGUUAGCAGAGGCUUAUCAGAAAUUAUAUACAUCAUCACAGGAAUUUCAGGCUGAAGGGAGUGGGUGGGUGCUAGACCAUAUUAUUCAUGUUGAAGUGAGCACAGCUGAGUAUGCCCCCCUGGCCGCAAGUUCUUACAUUCCUCUACCUGAUUAUCUCGCUGACAAGAAAGCCAUUUUGAACAUAAAGAAUGAUGAUCAAAAGUGUUUCAUAUGGUCCAUACUAGCUGUCCUGCAUCCAGUAGAUAGAAAAAAUCAUCCUGAAAGAGUUAAAAAAUAUAAUGCGUAUGAACAUGAACUUGACUUGAAAGGCAUUGAUAUACCUGUAUCCCUCUCCCAAAUUUCAAAAUUUGAAAAGCAAAAUGACAUUUCUGUCAAUGUAUUCGGUUAUGAAGAAGAUGAUGGCGUGUUCCCGCUACAUAUAAGUUCAAAUAGUUUCAAUCCAGCAGUAGAUUUGUUGCUUCUAAGUCAGGAAGACAAAAGACACUUUUGUCUAAUUUGAAGCUUUAGUCGACUGAUGGGAGACAGGACCAAACAUCAUGGUACCACAUAUUAUUGUAAACGAUGUCUCCAUGGGUUUACUGGGUCAGAUUUAUUGAAAGAUCAUAGUCUUCACUGUUCCACUCACUCUAUUCAGAAAACUAAGUUACCUCAAAGUGAGAAACAAACAUGGGUGAAGUUUAAAAGUAUUUGCAAACAGCUGCGUGUACCCUAUGUCAUUUACUGCGACUUUGAAGCAAUAACACGAAAAGUGAGUGGUUGUCAGCCUUGUCCUAACUACUCUUAUACUUCAGUCUUUCAGAAACAUGAACCCUCUGGUUUCUGCUGUAAGGUAGUUUGUUCAAAUCCAGACUAUUAUCAACCUGCUGUGGUCUACAGAGGACCCAGUGUCAUUUCUCAUUUCAUAGAUUGUCUCCUGAAGGAGGAACAAUUAAUAAAUGAAAAACUGAAAGUCCUAGAGCCUAUGUCUCUAACAGAAAGUGAUGAGAUGGCUUACCAAAUGGCUGACACAUGCCAUAUUUGUCAAAAACCUUUUAAUUCUGAGUCCAUAAAAGUGAAGGAUCACAACCACGUUCAGCCUGGCUACAACUUUCGUGGAGCAGCUCAUCAGGAAUGUAAUCUCCAAUACCAGUUCAAAAAGAUAAAAGGUAAAAACCAGAAUCGUGAUAAAGAGUUUUUCAUACCUGUGGUCUUUCAUAAUCUCCGUGGCUACGAUAGCCAUUUGAUUAUGAAACAACUGAAUAAGACUGUCAAAGAAAAACUUGACUGCUUGGCCAACAACAUGGAAAAAUACAUUUCCUUUUCUAUUGGUAACCUCAGGUUCAUUGACUCUUUACAGUUUCUUAAUGCAUCUCUAGAUACCUUGGUGGAAAACUUGGCUGAUGAAGGUUCUGACAAAUUUGUGAAUUUGAGACAGGAAUAUCCUGAUGAAACGCAAUUGAAGUUAUUGUUGAGAAAAGGGGUGUACGCCUAUGACUUUAUGGAUGACGAGUCUAAAUUUGCAAUGUGUGAACUUCCCACCCAAAAUCACUUCUCCAAUACUUUGACUGAUAGUUCUAUCUCAGAGGAAGACUAUGUGCAUGCUCAAAACGUAUGGUCUACCUUUGAUCUCAAAACCAUGGGAGACUAUCAUGAUCUCUAUAUGAAAACUGAUGUUCUCUUAUUAGCUGACAUUUUUGAAAAUUUUAGAGACACUUCCUUGGAAUAUUAUCAACUUGAUCCAGCUCAUUAUUAUACUCUUCCUGGCAUGGGAUGGGAUGCCAUGCUGAAAAUGGGCAAUGUAGAGUUAGAAUUGCUAACUGAUUUAGACAUGCAUUUAAUGAUUGAAAACGGACUAAGGGGUGGCAUAUCCAUGAUCUCGACCAGGUAUGCGGAAAGUAACAAUCCUACAUGUUAAGGAAUAUAACCCCAGCGAUCCUAAUUCUUACCUCAUCUAUCUGGAUGCGAACAACCUGUAUGGGUGGGCCAUGUCUCAAGCCCUACCUGAAUGUGACUUUCAUUGGGUUGCUGAUGAUGAUUUAGAACAGUUAAACAUUAAAGAUGUAGCUUCUGACUCUGACAUAGGAUAUAUACUGGAGGUAGAUCUUGAAUAUCCCCAACAGUUACAUGACAGUCACAAUGAUUAUCCUUUAGCCCCAGAGUCUAUGACAAUCACUGAUGACAUGUUGUCUCAUUAUUCAAAGAAACUCAGAGAAAAGUUAUGUAUCAAAGGACAGCCUGUCAGAAAACUAGUUCCAAAUCUGUAUGAUAAGCAAAAGUAUGUUCUGCAUUACAGGAACUUACAGUUUUAUCUGAGUCAGGGUAUGAAACUGUCUAAAAUUCACAGAGCUAUUCAGUUCAAACAGUCCACAUGGUUGAAGCCCUAUAUAGAUUUUAAUACCCAGAAAAGAAAAGAGGCUAAGAACGAGACAGAUAAAGCUUUCUUUAAAUUGGCUAAUAACUCAGUGUUUGGAAGGACAAUGAUGAAUGUGAGGAAGCAUGUCAAUGUAGAACUAGUCAAUUCAUCCAAACGUUUGAAAAAAUUAUGUGCUAAACCCACCUUUGAGGCGUUCAAAAUAUUCAAUGAAGAUUUAGCAGCUGUUCAUCUGAAAAAGACUAGCUUGUAUCUGAAUCAACCUGUCUAUGCAGGCUUUUCUAUUUUGGACCUGUCAAAGAUUGUCAUGUAUGACUUUCACUAUAAUCAUAUUAAGCUCAAGUAUCGUGAGAAGGCACAGCUGUGUUUCACAGAUACAGAUUCCUUGUGCUAUUUAAUUGAAACACCAAACUUGUACGCUGAUAUGGCAGAACAUCGGCAUAUGUUUGACACCAGUAACUAUGAUAAAUCACAUCCACUCUAUUCCAAAACCAAUGCCAAGGUGCUAGCCAAGAUGAAGGAUGAACUCGGAGGUGUCCCUAUGGAGGAGUUUGUUGGUCUUAAACCUAAACUAUAUUCCUUAUCAUAUAAGGGAAAAGAGAAGCAAACGGCUAAGGGAGUGAGCAAAACAGUGAUCAAGAAACAAUUAAGGCACAGCCUGUACAAAGAUUGUUUGUUUGAUCAAAAACAAUUUAGACACAACAUGAAUCAAAUUCAGAGUCAAAACCAUCAACUCCACACUGUCAGUAUAAACAAAAUCAGUUUAAGCCCUUAUGAUGAUAAAAGAUUUGUUUUGAAAGAUAAGAUUCAUACGUUAGCUCAUGGACACUAUAAAAUUCCUUCUACCAAUGUGUAAAGUGUUUUAACUACAUAAGAACCAUUUCAUGCCUUCAGUGUUCUUGUAUUGUAUGUUUGUAUAUAACGAUCCUUGGUAAAAUGUUUCCUAUAUUUUAUCUACAUCUGUAUGCAUGUCAUAUGUAAUUAAACUUUCAUAUGUAUUUGUUAUGAGGUAUUAUUCUGUCACCUACCGAGUGUAAAUACCUGACCCAUUUCCCCCAGUAACAGCAUUCACAGCAAUGUUGACACAGUACAUAGUUUUAUUGCAACUGGGGAAGGUAACGUUUACUGUACUGAGGGUCUAUGGACUUUAUGUGAUUAAAACAUUAUGUUGCUUGUUGUACCUUUGAAUGACUUAUAUGUGAAUAAAUAUACACAUUAAA